AAGUGGAAGCCCCGCCGUCAAUCAAAUUAGGAAAAAAACAAACUGGACUAAAGCGAGCGCAGAUACAGAUUAAAAUCAUCAUGCUCGGAGUGUAAAUAAGCGCAAAAUAUCCGUAUUUUUUUAAAGACCGCACGUAAUGACCGCGCCUGAAGGGCCAGUGAAAGCAGGAGUGAUGGCGGACAGCAGUAGCGCUCAGGACGGCAGCGGUGUAGAGCAGGACGGCCAGCCCUCGCCGCUUGCCCUGCUUGCCGCCACCUGCACGGGCCUCGGUUCGCCCGCCCCCGGGGGAGACAACGCGGCGAAUUCUAACAGUUCUGCUGGGGUGAACGCAGACCUGUCAGUGCACUUAACAGGGUCGUCUGACAGAUGGGAGGCUGUAAAGGAUGAUUCCGGUGUCUUGCAUCUCCCCGGCACAGGUAUCGUCACGUCCAACGGACAAUAUGUUCUUCCUCUCCAGAGCCUCCAGGGUCUGCAGAACCAGUCCAUCUUACUAACAUCAGGGACAGACACGUCCACCGGCACAGUGCCUAACAUCCAGUACCAAGUGAUCCCUCAGGUGCAGACAUCCGAAGGGCAGCUGAGUUUCUCGGUCGAGGGAGCUUCAAUGACGCAGGAUGCCUCAGGGCAGAUCCAAAUCCUCCCAGACGGGACUCAGACCAUCAGCGUCACGGGAGCGUCAUCAGCCGAUGUUCUUGGCAACAACCUCAUGACCCAGUCGGGCCAAGUGCAGAUACCACAGGUUUCUCUGGGAAGUUCUGCCUUCAGCAGCCAGGGUCAAGUGGUCACGAACGUGCCUCUGGGUUUGCCUGGUAACAUUACCUUUGUGCCCAUAAACAGCGUCGAUCUGGACUCUCUCGGACUCUCGGGGGCCCAGCCAAUAGCCACCGGCGUCACUGCUGAUGGACAGCUAAUUAUGACCAAUCCGAGCGCAGAUAAUACUGAAGGCUCGGAGAAAGCGGGAGAUCAGCAACAGACGCUCAACUCUAAUGACAUGUAUGUGCCUACCACAUCUUCAGCAUCCUCGCAGCAGCCGACCAGCACGAUAGAUGGGACGGGCGUGCUGACGCAGGGUGAACAGGGGGAUGGAUCGGGCUACCUCACUCAGGGUGCGGUGCAGGUGUCGGGCGGACAGCAGGUGAUCCAGUUACAGCAGUUGCCUGUACAAAGCAGUGACGGUCAGCUGUCUGCUCAGUCCCAACAAAACAUCCAGCUCAUCAACCCAGGAACCUUCCUCAUCCAGGCCCAAACAGUCACACCAUCAGGACAGAUACAGUGGCAGACCUUCCAGGUACAAGGAGUUCAGAACCUCCAGAACCUUCAACUCCAGACGACUCCAACUCAGCAAAUCACCCUGGCCCCAGUGCAGACACUGUCUCUGGGUCAGGGCGGUACACCGGUCAGUCUGGCAUCAGGACAGAUUCCUAACCUGCAGUCAGUGACGGUGAACUCGGUGGGUCAGGCAGGUGUUCAGUUCCAACAGUCUGAAGACACUGACAGCACUGGAGAUAUUCAGAUUAAGGAGGAGCCUGAUUCGGAGGAGUGGCCUCUGGACAGUAGCUCUACGCUGAAUGCCAAUGACCUCUCUCACCUUCGUGUUCGUUUAGUGGAGGAGGAGAUGGAGGGCUUGAGCCAGGAGGGCAAACGACUGCGCAGGGUCGCAUGCACCUGCCCUAACUGCAAAGAAGGAGGCGGGAGAGGAUCAAACAUGGGCAAGAAGAAGCAGCAUGUUUGUCAUAUAGUCGGCUGUGGGAAGGUGUAUGGGAAGACAUCUCACUUGCGAGCUCACCUGCGCUGGCACUCGGGGGAGAGACCCUUUGUCUGCACCUGGAUGUUUUGUGGGAAAAGAUUCACACGCAGUGAUGAAUUACAGCGACACAGGAGAACACACACCGGAGAGAAGAAGUUUGUGUGUUCAGAGUGUUCAAAGAGGUUCAUGCGUAGCGAUCACCUGGCCAAGCACAUAAAGACGCACCAGAAUAAGAAGGUAGGGGUCGGAGCCGUGGUAGGCAGUGUGGGCGGGGCAAUGACCACAGACAGCAUAAUCACAGCGGGUGGUACCACACUCAUCCUCACCAACAUCCAACCGGGUGGCGUGCAGGGCUUGGCCACAGUCAACGCUACGGUCAACACCUCCGGCUCACAGGAGCAGAUGGGUACGGCUGAGAUUCCUCUGCAGUUAGUCUCUGUGUCCGCCGGGGACACGGCCGAGUGACUGCAUGACUGGUCUGGUGCAGAGGGGGAGUAGUUUUUUUGAAAGGAACCGCUGCUCUGGGAUACAACUGAACCGUUCUAUUGGACUGCUAAGGUUCCAUCUCUUCCUCUAUGAUGUCACAUCCUCUGCUGGGGCCUCAGACUUCAUUUUGACUACAUCAGUUCUACACUCACGCAUAUACUUUGCUUUUGUACCUUUACAUAUUUACUCUUCUUUACGUAAAUAUGUACAUUUACGUGAAUGCAUAUACAUAUAUAUAUAUAUAUAAAUAUAAAUACACACACGAACACACACAUAUAUAUAUAUAUAUUUUACAAAUAUAGAAUUAUUGGGGGUUUUGUUCAUCUUUUUAUGGGCUAAGCAUUAUUUCUUUUCACAUACAACACUGAAAUGCCUUAUUUUGUAUUAUAAGCUGUUGUGUACAAAGCUAGAGUUCUUCAUGGGUGUUUUAAGCUCCCGUUUCAGUAUGUACUUGUUGGUGUGGGUAUAAUCAUGUUGUAUAAAGAAUGCAGCAGUGGUGGGUAACUGGUGGCUAAUGUUAAAGGAAUAGUUCACAAAAAAAUUCAUUAUUUACACACCCUCAUCUGUAUGCUUUUGUCUAUUGGAUACAAAAAAUCUGAAUAGUUCAUAGUGACCACGUUUAGAUAUUUCAAGAAGGAAAAACUAACAAUAACUGGUGCUUUAUUGUCAUCUUAAGACAUAUGAUGGCUGUUUGAGGAACAGACCAAAUAGCAAGUCAUUCUUCACUGACCAUCUUCUCAACCUCUGAAAGAAAGUUGUCCGGUCCAUGUUUGCAUUCAUAAUGUAAAGAGUGCAAAUAAGAGAGCACAGACUCCAAAACACAACCAGUGUGUUAUCUAUUGGUUAUAUUCCAUCGAAGAUUAACAUUUAGAUAUUUGUUUCAUGCAUUAGACUGGAGCGUGACAGGCACGGUGACUUUGAAUUAUCUGGUUCUCGGUUUAAAAAGUAACAGCAUACAGGUUUGGGAUGAUAUGAGGGUGAGUACAUAAUGACAGAUUAGAUUUUUUGUGAACUUUAAUGUAAUUUAAUUCUAGGUUAAAGUGAUAUUAGUGGUGUAAGUUUUUUCAAAUGAGGAGGAAGAUAAAAUAUUAGAAUGAAGUUUGCCAUUCAGCUGUUGGGAGUUUUGAAAGUGUCUUUAAACGUCUCUUAAAAUGGGUUUUUAUUUUAUGUAGUUUUAUUUUCUUUAGGGAGACCCAGGCCCAACAAAUGGGAACAUUAAAACAAUCAUGUAAUUAAAAAACAUUUUAUGUAUCAUAUUUCUCAAACCUCUUGUUGUUGAUCAGAUCUUUAGUAUGCAUUUGUUGAAAAAUAAGUCUUUUUGAGCGAAAAUAUUUAUAUACCUUGUAAUCUGGAUUUGUGGUGUCUACAACUGCUUUUCUAAGAAACAAACUACCUUUGGCUUCACUUUUUUUUUUUUUUAAACAAACUGUACUAUAAGUCAAAAAUUGUUUGUAUGAAAUUAAUUGGUUUGUAGUUUGCCAAAAUUUAUUUGAUUCACACUUUGAUGAAGUGAGCAAGAAACUGUUUCUUUUAUGCGUGUCUGUUUGUGGACCUGGAUCAUGUUUUAGGACCAAAAGAGCAGCUCUGAAUCUCUGGAAUCAAAUACUGAUGCCAGGUUAAAAUAAGUCCUACAGGUGUAGUGUACACCAUUGUAAAACAAAGAAAUGUUUGGUGGGACAAUACCUCUGCCCUUUACGCUUGUGUUGGGUUUGAGAAGUCACAUCACUGCUUAACUCUGUGAUGUUUUAGGCAAUAUAUCCCAGGUUGUUGUUAUGUGGGGUUUUGUAAAGAUCUGUCUCCUUCAUCUGCUUACCGUAGCCAUGUAGACGCUCAGUUGCCUUUUAACAGGUCCUGACAGGAGAUUACUCCCUGUUACCCAUUGUUAAACUAUAAGUUUGAUCAUGAAUAUUUUGUAAAGAGAAUGCAUUGCUGUCCAUGUACAAGUAUGGCUUUGUUUCCACUUGUUACUGUACACUUAUUCUAUAUGUUUUUUUUUUUUUUUUUUGCUUUUUUAACUAAAAAUGAUUGUCUCUCAAUUCACUUUUGAGUUCCGUUGCCAACCUCCAAUAGCCAAAAGGUUUUUACACUAUUCAGUUUAUUGAACCACAUUUUCAUAUGUUUUGAUUAAAAGCCCAGCAGGCAAAUGACAGAUAAUGAAA